AUGGCGACUACACAAUUCUGCCUAUUCUUAUUGGCAGCCGCUGGUCUUUACGGAUUAGGCCGAGUUGUAUACAAUGUCUUCUUCCACCCACUGCGAAACUUCCCAGGACCUUGGAUGGCUGGGGCCACAUCUAGUUGGAAGGCAUAUAAGGAAGUUAUCAAGCAAGAGUCGGCCGUUCAUGAGCUCUUUCAUCUCCAUAAGAAAUACGGUGAUAUUGUCCGCGUUACCCCGAACGAGCUCCAUUUUGGAAGCCCAGGUGCGUUCCACGAUAUCUACCAUAGCAGCAAGAGGUGGGACAAGGAUACGGGUCUUUACCGAACCCCCGGGGUUUCAUCCGGGUCAUUCACAUUCUUGAAGUAUGCUCAGGCGAAAGAACGACGGGAGGUGAUUCUUCCAAUUUUCUCCAAGAAAGCCAUUAAUAAUCUUGAGCAUCUCUUGUGGCGAAACGCAAAUCGCCUUGCAACGUCCAUCGCCAAAAUCAAUGCAUCAAAAACUUCCAUCGAUCUACUCUAUGCAUUCCGAUCCUAUACUCUCGACACCAUCAUGUGUUUCACAUUCGGCAACUGCAUAAAUGCCCUUGAUGCACCGGAAUUCAGCGAUCCUCUGAUUCUAGCCAUGGAUGCAAGCCUUCGAAUGCUGCCAUUCAUGAGGAACUUCCCCAUGAUUCGAGACCUCAUCUUUGCUGUGCCGCCGGCCCUGGUUAUGCGCCUCAUUCCGAAUGCCCAGAAAUUAGCACCGCGACUGUACCAGGUCCGGGAUCUUGUGCAGCAACAACUUGAAGUCGUCCUAAACCGCCCUUCAACCCUCGAUAAUGUGCCGCACGAGACCCUCUUCCACCGUAUGCUCGACCCGGAAUCAUACCGGAGCAAGGAGGUCCUGAAUAUGACAGAGCUACACGACGAAGGCUUCACUCUCAUCUUCGCGGGCGCCAACACAGUAGCCGACACGCUGCUAAUGGGCCACUGGCACGCAAUGCAGAACCAGAACUUGCUAACCCAACUGCGAAGCGAGCUAUUGACUGUCUGGCCCGACGUGGAAAAGCAGCCUUCCCUAGUAGAUCUCGAGACCCUACCCCUCCUCACGGCAACUAUCAAAGAAUCCCUCCGCUUUAUUCCGUCCGGUGUGUCACUAACACGCGUCGUGCCACCAGGAGGCGCCAUGAUAUCAGGGGAGCAUAUCCCCGGCGGAACAGUGGUCGGGAUGGCGAUUUUGCAUGUGCAUCAAAGCGCGGAAAUAUGGGGUAAGGAUGCGCUUGUGUUCCGACCUGAACGGUGGCUGGAGAGUGCGGAGCAAGAAAAUACCCGGAACGGGAAGAGUGAAUUGGAUCACUGGCUCGUUCCAUUCAGUCGGGGUCCGCGUAUGUGCUUUGGUAUGAACUUGGCCUGGGCGGAGAUGUAUAUCACUUUCGCGACUAUGAUCAGAAAUUUUGACUUGACUAUUGACGGCACGACAGAGGAGGAUAUGCAGUGGCGGGAGUGCAUUGCAGCUUAUUAUCCUAAUAGGCACUUGCAUGCGUGGUGCCGUCCAGUUGGCUCUGGGAAUAUGAUGUAA